AUGCUCUCAGCGCUGCGGGACCGAGGAGCCCAGCCAACAGCUGUGGCUUACACUGCCGUCAUCACGGCUUGCAAGGAGGGCUUCUACCAGGUCGCCCAGAAGCUUUCAGAGACGGCGCAGCGAACUGGCAGGCUCUGGUCACGGGCUGUGGCUCUCUUCACCGAGCUGCCGGCACAGUCGCUGCGGCCAGACGCCGUGGCGAUCGGCUCCAUCCUCGCUGCGUGCGGUGCGGCGAAGCGGUCAGAGUUGAGCCUGGGCAUCUUCCAGCAGAUGGUGGCCGAGACCUUCGAACCGGACUUGACCCUAUACAACAUCCUCAUCGAUGCUUGCAAGAUCAGCAACGACGCGGAGCAGGCCUUUCAGCUUCUGGAGGAGCUCCUUGUUCGUCAGCUGCAGCCCAGCGACCUCACUUACAACCACCUCAUCGCCUGCUCAGCUGCGUCGACUGGCAUGCCAUCCGGCCCUGAGCUGCUUUCGGCGAUGCGCCGAAGGACCUUGGAAGUGGGCGUUGUCACGUACAACAACUUGCUUUCUUGCUGCAAGAGUGGCCGUCAGGAGGAGAAGGCCUGGCAGCUGUUCCAACAGAUGCGAGCGGAGAGUGUCGAGCCCAACGCGCUGACCUGGGCCGCCCUCCUGGGACGUGGAGGCGCUUUGCACGGAGGUGCGCUGCUGGCGGCCUUCGACGGGGAGAGCAAUGUCGUGGUCUGCAGUGCUGCUCUGGAGCUUUGCCAGCGCUUGGGGGACUCAGAACGGGCUCUGGAGAUCUUCGCCCGGAUGCGCGAGGAGCACGUGAGACCCGAUGCCGUGACCUAUGCUGCCGUCAUUGAGUGCUGCUCAGCGCGGCAUCAGGGCCUUGAGGUCCAGCAAUUGCUCUUCGAGCUGCAGCGGUGUGUCCUCUGA